AUGCUGAGACCCGUCAUGGAGAGCAUUCAAGAGCAGCUAGAUGUGAGCGAGCAACUCGCGCAGCAUGGGCGCCUCUGUGAGGACACCGAGAAAAGCAUGUCACUUGAAAUCGAAAAACAAGACCGCAUACUCCAAGAGCUCCGCGACACGAAGGCUGCGCUCGAGAACGUAUUUCUAUUGACCGAUUUUUGUACUUAGUUCCCUCUUCAUGACGAGCUCUUUCUUUAACUUAUGCUUGGCGUUGCAUCCCUUUGGCUGACAAUCUUCUCCGUUUAACAUACAUCGUGGCUUUUCCCUCUUGUCUUGACGAUCAGUUAAUUACAUGUUGUCACUGGUGCCUUCCUCCGAACAUCUACACAGGAAAUCCAUAAGGCAGAACAGGACAAGGAGCUAGAUGUGAAUGAGUUUUUGGAGCCACGGGACGUUUUGAGCCGACAAUUGUUGGAUUUGAUAGCAGAGGAGGCGGCUCUCGAUGACAUGAUCUUGCAUCUCGAAGACUGCUUAAAGGAGAAGCUUCUGCCUGCUGAUGCAUGGAUGCAAGAGGUGCGGGACACCGUGAGACGGCAGUUCUACGUUCGCGAAUUGAAGAAGAAAGUGAUUCGGGCAGUGCGCGCACGCAAAGUGAAAGUCAGCCUUGCGACGAGUCCACGAGAAGACGCUCUGAACAGCAUGCGUGCAGGAACUAUUGCGAGCUAA